GCACUGACCUGCAUGCGGCUGUCGAAAAGCAGGACUUUCCGGUCUGGACUGGACUGUACAGAGAUGCUCAAGGGCAAACAUGGAAGUGGAGCACAGGCUCAUCAAACUAUUCAAACUGGGCACCAGGUGAGCCAAGGAGCAGUGGUGACUGUGGCGCCAUCUCCUCUGUGAGCAAGAAGAUGACUGCCCAAAACUGCUCCGACCGAUUUCCCUUCGUGUGCUACAGAGACAACCUUGUCCUGGUGAAGGAGAACAAGACCUGGGAGGAGGCGCUGGCACAUUGCCGAGCCCUCGGUUCCUUUCCGGACACCCGUAGCUAUGAGCUGGUGAGCGUGCAACCUGGAGACGACCACAUGGUCAUGGUGAACAAGGUCCAAGUGGCCGACACUAAUGAGGUGUGGGCAGGCCUUCGUUUCCUGGCUGGUCACUGGUUCUGGGUGAACGGUGCGGAUCUGUUGUACUCUGACCUGCCCUUCUGCCCCCCCAACGGGCAGCACUGUGGAGCCUUAUCCAAGACUGGCAUACACAGCCUGGAUACCAGAGACUGUUUGGAGAAAAGGAACUUCCUGUGUUACAGCACGCCAUACUGACACCGCUAACGUCACCCAGAUCAGAGUGAUCACCCACCAGAUGUUUAAGUCUUUUACCAUAUUUAGAUGAUCGAUAUACUUUUCAAGUCUUUGUGAACUUUGUGAUCAUAUGGAGGGAUUUUUUUUUCGUUCUCUGUAAUACAAAUCUUGUAAUCCAACUCUCCAUUUAAGGAAAAAUGUCAUGCUUCAUUUUAGCUUAAUAGUCAUGUAGUAGCUCAGAUAUAUGCACAGCUUUGAAUGUGCCCAUUAAAACCAACUCAG